AACACUGUAUACAUAAUAAAUAAGGAAAUAAAUCUUUUUAAAAAAGAAUAAAGCUACAAAUGGCAGAAUACACUAUCAGUGAAAAUGCUUGUGCCUUUCCAAAAGUGCAUAUAAGUUCAAACUUCAUUUAAAAGAAUACUUAAGACUGCACUAGUGUGUAACUUUUGCUAAUUCAUAUAGUGCAUUAUUAUUAUUAACUGUGAAUCUAAAAGAGGAGAAAAGUUUAAGCUGGAUGAGUAAGAUGAUGCUAGAGCAAGGCCCGAGUGCAAGGGAGGAGCGUCAAGUGUGAGUCAACUAGCACAGAGAGCAUGGUGCACAGCAUGGUGGCGUGAGGAGCAAUUGGAUAAAAUUGGGACCUGGGAGUGUACCUCAGUGGCAAAGCAUCUCCUGUGCACACGGCCCUGGUUCAAUUUCCAGCAUCUCAAAAACACUGAACACAGGUGACGACUUCAAAUAAGACCUUUGUUGAGUAAGUGUCUAGAACUGCGAUGCUCACACUCACUUGGCCAUAAGCUUAAAUCUUUGAUCUGCUAGUAAAUUUUGCAAAUGUUUAUUGAAAUUUUUCUCUUUGAGGGACAUUCUAUCUGUACUCUUAGAUUCUUUAAAAAAACAAAACAAAACAAAAACAAAGCUGCAGUAUGAAAAGAAAAGGCAGGCUAGAGAGAUGUCUCAGCUGUUAAAGGCUAGGCUCACAGCCACAAAGCAAAGCAUUCUGCGGGCUAGAGAGAAGCCUCCGCAGUUGAGAGCACACAGGACUUGGACGUGGUUCCAGCACCCACAUGGCAGAUCACAAGGUCUGUGUGUUCAGUGCAGGAGAUCCCAUGCCCUCUUCUGAGGAUACUGCUUGCUUGUAACAUACAGAUGUGCACACAAGAAGAACACUAUCACAUGAGAACUUAAAAAGUAAUAGUAAUAAAAAUCAGUUAAAGAAUUUUUUUUAAAAAAUCUGCAAAGUUAAAAUAGCACAGAAGUGGCCACAAGGGUGUGGUAUAGUUUCUCUAUAACAUUAGUUUAGUUUUGAUUUUCUUUUGUCUGUAACAAUACUAAUUAUUCUUUUAACUUCUUUUUUGUGGUGUUUCCCCUAAAUUUUGAGCUACUAUAUGACCGCAUUUGUUGACUUUGAGUCUGCUCUUAUCGGCAUGAAUUGCGUGUCAUGAUAAAGUGACGGUGUCGUUUCCACUCAGGCAGCCCAUCCGAACAUGCGGACCUAUUAUUUCUGCACUGAUACAGGAAAGGAGAUGGAGCUGUGGAUGAAGGCCAUGUUAGAUGCUGCCCUGGUGCAGACAGAGCCUGUGAAAAGAAUUACCUUUAAUUUCCGAGUGGACAAGAUUACAACUGAAAGUGCAUCAACUAAAGAAACCAAUAACAUCCCCAACCACAGAGUUCUCAUUAAACCAGAGGCCCAGAACAACCAGAAAAAUAAGGAAAUCAGCAAAAUUGAGGAAAAAAGGGCCUUAGAAGCUGAGAAAUACGGAUUUCAGAAGGAUGGCCAAGAGAGACCACUAACAAAAAUUAACAGUGUGAAGUUGAACUCUCUGCCCUCAGAAUAUGACAGUGGGCAGGCCUGCCCACCUCAGAACGUGCACUAUAGACCCAUCAAUGUGAAUAGUUCAGAUGGCAAAGCAGUGAAUGUCGGCUUGGCAGAUGUCCGGGGUGGGAGUCACCCAAAUGCAGGACCCCUGGCCACAGAAGCUGAUCGAGUCCUUCAGAGAACGAACUCAAUGCAGCAGCUGGAGCAGUGGAUUAAAGUCCAGAAAGGACGGAGUCUUGAAGAGGAGCCCCGAGGAGUAAUUUCUUAUCAAACAUUGCCAAGAAAUAUGCCAAGCCACCGAGCCCAGAUUGUGGCCCGCUACCCUGAAGGUUACCGAACACUCCCAAGAAACAACAAGAUCAGGCCUGAGAGCGUCUGCGGUGUGGUGCCUCCUGGCCAUGAGAAGGCUGGGCCCGGAGCAGAAGAGAAGCGGCGGUCUAUGAGGGAUGACACCAUGUGGCAGCUGUAUGAGUGGCAGCAGCGCCAGUUUUACCACAAGCAGAGCACCCUCCCUCGGCACAGCUGCCUGGGCAGCCCCACGGCCAUGGGGAAGCCUCCUGACCAGACGAUGCACUCCAUCCCCACAUCACCUUCCCAUGCGUCCGGAGCUGCUUACCCGGGAUUCUCCCCGCCACGAACAUACAGGUCAGAAGUGUCCUCACCCAUCCAGAGAGGAGAUGUCACGGUAGACCGGAGGCACCGGGCACAUCACCCUAAGCAUGCCUAUGUACCUGACAGAAGGUCAAUGCCAGCUGGCCUAGCCUUACCGGCUGUUAGUCCUCAGAGCCUCCAGGGCAGAACGCCAGAGGAGCUUACGCUGCUGCUAAUAAAGCUGAGACGGCAGCAAGCGGAACUGAGUAGUAUCCGGGAGCAUACCUUAGCACAGCUCAUGCAGCUGAAACUUGAGGCCCACAGCCCAAAGAAUGAAAUUCUUUCACAUCAUCUUCAAAGGAACACCAUAUAUUUGGAUCAUCAGAUGAAAGAAAAUGAACCUAUUAUCACCAUGGUUCACACAAUGAUUGAGAACUCGGCGCUAAGACCACAACUGUACCAACAAUUCUUAAGACAGAAGAACCAGAUAAGUCUCUACUGUCUGUCACAAGAUGAAUGUAGAGGCACAUUGUACAAAUACAGGCCUGAAGAAGUAGAUAUUGAUGCCAAACUAAGCAGAUUGUGUGAACAGGAUAAAGUGGUCCGCGCCCUGGAGGAGAAGCUGCAGCAGCUCCACAAGGAGAAAUACACGCUCGAGCAAGCCUUGCUGUCUGCCAGCCAGGAGAUAGAGAUGAAUGCAGACAACCCAGCCGCCAUCCAAACCGUGGUGCUGCAGAGGGAUGACCUGCAAAACGGACUGCUGAGCACGUGUCGAGAACUCUCCCGAGCCACUGCUGAGCUGGAACGAGCCUGGAGAGAAUAUGACAAGUUGGAGUAUGACGUGACUGUCACCAGGAACCAGAUGCAGGAGCAGCUUGAUCGCCUUGGGGAAGUGCAGAGCGAAUCGGCAGGGAUUCAACGGGCACAGAUUCAAAAAGAACUUUGGAGAAUUCAAGAUGUCAUGGAGGGUUUGAGCAAACACAAACAGCAAAGAGGCUCCUCAGAAACAGUAGGUCUGGCAGGAUCAAAGCCUUUCUCGGCAGUUAAGUACAAAAGCGAGGAAGAGGAAGUAGUCCCACCUCGGCCUCCACUUCCUCGGUCCUAUGACUUUACCGAGCAGCCUCCCAUAAUCCCCCCUCUGCCCAGUGAUAGCAGCUCCUUGCUCUGUUAUAGCAGGGGCCCCGUGCAUCUGCCUGAAGAAAAGAAGAUUCAUCAAGUUCAAGGAUAUCCAAGAAAUGGAUCUCACUGUGGUCCAGAUUAUAGACUCUACAAGAGUGAGCCAGAGUUGACCACAGUAGCUGAAGUUGAUGAGUCUAAUGGCGAAGAAAAGUCAGAACCAGUUUCUGAGACGGAAGCUCCAGUUGUUAAAGGUUCCCACUUUCCAGUUGGAGUUCCUCUGAGAACGAUGUCACCCACACCGGAAUCCUCGACAAUAGCUUCCUAUGUGACCUUGAGGAAGACGAAGAAGGUGGAGCUAAGAACGGAAAGACCGAGAAGCGCAGUGGAACAGCUCUGUCUGGCUGAGAGCGCUCGGCCUAGGAUGACGGUGGAAGAGCAAAUGGAGAGGAUCAGGAGACACCAGCAGGCCUGCCUGCGGGAGAGGAAGAAGGGACUGAGUGUCAUCAGUGCUUCCGACCAGUCGCCCUUACAGAGCCCUUCCGCCGUGCAGGACAGUCCUUUCAGGCCCACUCAGACUCUAAGGAGGGAGGACACUGUUCAGGAGCUAGACACCAUCGACAGAGAAAAUGACGGAAAGCCAGACCACAAAACUCCGGCCGCAGAAACUGUUCUACUAGAAGAAACUGAUCCCCGAAACGCGAAACUCGGCAGAAAGCUUCAAAGGACUGAAAGUAUUUUCUAUGAAAUGCUUUACACGCCUGAGUCGAAUGGAAUGAAUUCUGAGGGGGUGAUGGAUAAAGAACGGCAUGAAGGUCAGGCACGGGAAGAUGUUCCCUGCAGCCCUCAAGAAGAGGCAGGGAUGACAAACCACCGGGCAGAAGACCACCCAGAAGAAGUAGAGAGUCAUCAUGAAGAGGAGGAAACUCUUGCUUCUCUGGAGCCACCUCCUGAGAUUCCUAGAGAGAACCAAACCACAGUGAAAAAUCUGUCCCCGUCUCCUGAGUCCUCCACGUCACCAGAUCCGCCCUCUCCGCCAAAGCUCACAGAAGGAUCGCAUUUCAUGUGUGUGUAGUCUCAGAACUGCACUGCCCCUUGAGAGCACACAGAGCUGAAGCUGUGGACCCUCGGCGAUGGAAGAAGAUGUUGUCCAGUAUACCUUAAAUCUAUGAAAUUCAUAGUUCCGAUGCUUCUGACCUCAGAGCAUCGUUUUAUCACCUUUGGAAAAUGUUUAUUCCAAAAUAGCUUUAAUGGCCCAUGCGUGCACUCCGUAGUCUCCAGGUCGCUGUUCUCCACCAGUGCUGCUGUACAUCAGAGCAUACCAGUCCAGGUGCUUUCUCCCUCGCGCUCCAUCCAGAGCUUGCUUAGUUGCAGUUCCCAGAUUUGGAUGCUUAAGUCUAGGUGAAUUUACGUUGCUUUGGCUUUUCUUCAAAGCUAUACUUCCGUGUGGAGCUUGUUUUCUUUCCUUCUUUUUCUUCCCAUUCUGGCUACUGCAGUACUUUGUUUGACACUUGAUUUGUAAAAAUUUUAUAUAAAUAUAUUUAAAAUGUGCCAUUUUAUUACUGCUAAGUGAAGUAUGUCCUGUUUUCUGCUAUAAUUCUUCCUCGGUCAGAUUGCACCGUCAGCGGUUACUGCCACACUCUGUCAGCUUCAACACAAAUGCUACUGCUUAGCUUUUCUUUAAAAAGCAAAACAAUUACAAGUGUAGGUAUUUUGAAGUACUGGACUUUUACGUCAUUGGAAUAGAUGUGUACAGCAAUAAGCAGGCUUUUAGAUCCAGUACUUGGUCUGUGUACAGAUGUAAUUAUGUUCAUUGUGUAGAUGUUAUACAAUGAGCACAUGUAAUAAAGGCUGCUUACUGUAGUUUAAUGCAAAUGUUCAUAUCUCAUUUCUUUUUUAUCAUGUUAAAUAAAUGUUGAUGUUCUUAAA